GCCCCAAAGCGGGCCGCGGAGCCAUGGAGCGGGGGGCCCGGCGCGGGGUCGUGGCGGCCGGCGGCCUCCUGGCGGCGGCAUGGAGGAGCCUCCGGGAGCGCGGCCCAAAGGAUGGAGGCGGCCCCCGGGGCCUGGCUCGGCUCUUCUCCUGCUCCGGGAUGGGCUGCGGAGCGUGGAGCAGGAGCCAAGGGACCAGGCCCUUCUGUCUGUCUGCUGCCGCCAGAGCCAUUUUAGGAUUGGGCAGAUGGGGAGAUGAUGGUGGGAAGAAGCAGCUCACCCUGCAGGACGUGGCAAAGCUAAUUCGGAAGAAGGAGUGUCGCCGAAUAGUGGUGAUGGCUGGUGCUGGGAUUAGCACCCCCAGUGGUAUUCCAGAUUUUAGGUCCCCAGGGAGUGGCCUCUACAGUAACCUUGAGCAGUAUGACAUCCCUUAUCCAGAAGCCAUCUUCGAACUGACCUAUUUCUUUGUCAACCCCAAGCCCUUUUUCACUUUGGCCAAGGAGCUGUACCCUGGCAAUUAUAGACCCAACUAUGCCCACUAUUUCCUGAGGCUCCUUCAUGACAAAGGGCUCCUUCUGCGGCUCUACACCCAGAACAUUGACGGGCUGGAGAGAGCUGCUGGGAUCCCUCCUGACAGAAUGGUGGAAGCCCACGGCACCUUCGCCACUGCCACUUGUACAGUCUGUCGAAGGAAAUUCCCAGGAGAGGACUUCAGGGGGGACAUCAUGGCAGACAAGGUCCCUCACUGCCGUGUCUGCACUGGAAUUGUCAAGCCUGAUAUCGUGUUCUUUGGCGAGGAGCUCCCGCAGCGCUUCUUCCUGCACAUGACAGACUUCCCCAUGGCGGACCUGCUUUUUGUCAUCGGAACGUCCCUGGAGGUGGAGCCCUUUGCCAGCCUGGCAGGAGCUGUUCGCAGCUCUGUUCCCCGAGUCCUCAUCAACCGCGAUCUCGUAGGACCGUUUGCCUGGCAGCAGCGCUACAACGACAUAGCCCAGCUGGGGGACGUGGUCGGUGGGGUCGAGAAGCUGGUGGAGCUGCUGGACUGGAACGAAGAGAUGCAAGCACUAAUUCAGAAGGAAAAAGAAAAGCUGGAUGCAAAAGACAAAUAGGACAGCUGGCUCCCUGCUGCUGGAGAGCAACGCUCACCGUGAAGAGGAGACAUUGUCGUGCCCAGCAUGGGCAGAGAACAGUAUGAUGGCAGGGAGCUGUGGGAGAGGCCGUCCAGCUCUGCAGCAGCAAAUCUACCUGGGACUGGCACUCCGGGAGGAGGGGGAUGCUCGCGGCUCAGUCCAGCCCGCCUGCAAGCAGACCAGCGAGGCCUUCAGCACGAAGGAAGGGAAGCUGAAGGGAGCAAAGCCCAAAUAUCAAGCUGCAAACUGUUCCUGCACGUGAAGGCUUUUCUACCUGAGAUUCAGAACAGUUUAUGUAGCUAGUGAACGUUGUUCCCUCCUUGCCUUACCUCAUUUCAACACCCACUAGGAGACGCUUUCCUCUUCUGUGGCUCUGUCGCCCUGUCAGCACGCUAUUUGACAAUGUCCAGCCAUGAGACUUUCACCAGUAAGUCACCGGGAGCUCCUGGGCUCACACCAGCAUGCCAGACAAGAUAUGCAGCUGCAGCUUGUGGUUAGCAUCUCCCUCUUUCUGAGCCAUCCAACCUUGGAGACCCUCAGAGGACUUGGUUUUCCCAGAGCCGGAGUUGAAAAUGCCACGAAAGUCAGGCCUUACGGCAGGCCAGAAGGCAGCUGGUCAGAAUCACUUAAUUCUGGAGUGAGUUUCCCAACUGCCCCCACAGGACCGAGCAUCUACCAACUCAUUUCACAGCUCCUCCACGGAUAUUUUUGUCUUAGUCGUGAUCUGUCAGCUGCUGCAGACUUGUAGCAUUUAGUCUUUGGAUGAAACCUCUGCUAAUCAGGAGAUGAAUGCUGUUAAUGUGCCUGCAACUGGGGCCUAGCCCCUGGUCCUGUUCAGGAAGGCCAAAUCAAGCCACUGGAAGAGCUGUCAAUCAGUAUAGUAUUAAUUAUUUAAUAAUAAAGAGUUCGAAUUCUUUUGCUGUGCCA